AUGCGUUUCUCCUUCCUCGUCCUUUACGCCUCGGCCGCCACGGCCAAGGUGAUGGACAGUCUCGCCUCCAUCCCCAAAGGCUGGAGUGUGGUUGCCCAAGCCUCCCCAGAUGAGUUGGUAUCGUUGCGCGUCGGCCUCCCGCAGCAGCAUGCGGCCGCCUUGGAGCAGGCGGUCUUGGAGAUCUCAACCCCCGGACAUCCAAAUUACGGAUUACACUUGUCGCGUAACCAAGUCCGAGCUUACACGGCACCGACAGAACAAUCAGUCUCGUCCGUUGUUGAUUGGUUAGCUAAGAGCGGUAUCAAGUCUUCGGUAAACAACGACUGGAUUAGUUUCACGACAGAUGUCAAAACUGCCAACGAACUACUCGAUGCGAAGUUCACCUGGUACCUGUAUGAAAAGGACAACAGUCCUAGACUUCGCACCUUGUCAUACAGCAUCCCUGAUGAACUUUCCGGAAGCAUUGACCUAAUCCAACCCACCACUCGAUUCGGUCAGCUCGGCGCGAAGAAGUCAACUAUCUUCGAAAUGCAGAUUCUUGAGGCUGCGGAGGAGGACGAAGUGAAGACAAGCAUGGCGGUUGAGGCUGCAGACUGCAACCCCUCCAGGAUCACGCCAGCUUGCAUUAAAUCGUUGUAUAAUAUCAAAUACACCGCGUCACCUGAAGGGAAUCUGGUUGCUUUCAGUUCUUACUUGGAAGAGUAUGCGCGAUACGAUGAUCUUGCAUCUUUUGAGUCACAGUAUCUGCCGGCAGCUGCCGGCCAGAACUUUACCGUUGAGCUGGUCAAUGGAGGGUUGGAUGAUCAAGAUAGCAAUGAUGACAGUGGGGAGGCAAAUCUCGACGUGCAAUACAUCUUGGCUGCUUCGAGCCCUGUCCCAAUCCGCGAAUACAGCACUGGUGGUCGUGGACCCUUGGUUCCUACUCACGAUCAGCCCGGUCCUUCGUCAAACGAGCCUUACCUGGAAUUCUUGACGUACCUUCUCGAUCAAGAUGAUUCGGCCUUGCCUCAGACACUCUCCACCUCUUACGGGGAAGAGGAGCAGUCAGUACCGGAGGAGUAUGCCCUAAGAGUCUGCAACCUGUACAUGCAACUCGGAGCCCGCGGUGUCAGCGUACUCUUUUCAUCAGGUGACUCUGGGCCAGGCGACUCUUGCAUCCGGGAGUCCGACCAAGCUCCGUACUUCCAGCCCUCUUUCCCUGCUGGCUGCCCUUACGUUACCGCCGUCGGUGCUACUUAUAAUGUUUCUCCAGAACAAGGAGUAAGCUUUUCAAGCGGUGGUUUCAGCUCGCUUCACGCACAGCCAGCUUGGCAGGCAGAGGCCGUCAACUCUUAUCUAGGUUCGAUAGGAAACACCUACUCAGCAUACUUCAAUAAGUCCAACAGAGGAUUUCCCGACGUCGCAGCGCAAGGAAGUCGGUUCGUGGUAGUUGACAAGGGAAGAACCGCCCUCCUAUCAGGCACGAGUGCAUCGAGUCCGGUCUUCGCUGGAGUUGUCGCUCUCCUGAACGCUGCUCGAAAGAGCCAGGGUGAACCUCCUCUGGGGUUCCUCAACCCGUGGUUAUACAACAACAGCGCAGCCCUAAUAGAUAUUACAUCGGGCUACGGAAGCGGCUGCUCAGGCAACUCCGCUUUCCGCAAUGGGGCAAGAUGGAAUGCUACUGCAGGAUGGGAUCCGGUUACAGGAUUAGGAACACCCGACUUUGCCAAGCUGCUUGCAGCUGCUGCGCCUGGAGUGGAAAACGCUUAG